AUGUCGUCACUCACUUCUUUGCCACCUAAUGAAGUCUAUACCUUAUCACAGGAGUAUUUUGGCAACGCCACACAAUUACUUCAAUCUGGCGCCAUACAAUCAGAGACAGCACUGAAUGAAUACUAUACUUUGGUCCAAAUGGGGAUCUAUUGUUUACAACUUUUGAAGAAGAAUCCCACUAUAACAAUUGAACAAGAUAUCCAUGCGACGUUCAAAUUAAUUGAUGUUUUAUAUAAUGAUACGAAUAAUUUAGACCUUGUGGAGACAUAUGCGCAAUCCAUGUUGAAGAAAUUACAAAAUUAUAAUGGUGGUACAGAGACGCUGGAAUGGAAGUUAAGGUGUCAAUUUGUUUUAAUCUAUUUGGUGCCGUUUAAGAAAGAUGUCAAAUUACAUUAUAAGAUUGCAUUGAAGAAUUGUAGAGAGCUGUGCUUAUAUUUGAAACAAUUACAAGCUGCAACUUAUUCUACUUCAGCUUGGCAAUGUCUGUUUGAGUUUAUCCAAUGGACAUUGCUUUGUAAAGUUAAAUCUAAGAAGGUAAAUAAUUCUUUGGAUUUGAAUAUAGCCAUUAUGGAGGGGGUUACGAAAGAUUGGGAAGCGUUUGUUAGAUUGUCCUAUGCCAAUUAUCUUCUGGUUAAAAGAGCAGAUUUACCCGAUGGCAUUCUACAAGAUGAAAAUGAUAGUACGUGGUGGUCUGGCGUGGAUUAUCGACUAUAUGCAUGGAACUUGGUAUUAGGUUUAAUCGUAUUAAUAUAUAGGGAUGAAAACAUCACAAAUAAACUUAAUGAAAUCGGUGAUUUUUUCAAGAAAAAUAAGACACAACUAACAUUUUCUGAUACAUUAGAAAUGACAGUUAAUCCGGAUUUAAGACUAUUGAUUGAUUUACCGUCUGUCUUUGAUUAUAAGAACAUUAAAAAUGUUUUACUGUUAUUACAAAGUGUAAGUUACUUAAUUAAUUGUUACGAUGAGAAAGCCAAUUUUUCAAAAAUAUUCUUGCCUAAAGUGGCCAAAACAACUGAAAGAAUAAUAAAAUCGUUAAUGAAGGGAUCUACUUCGCUAUCAAUCAAUGAUCUAAAUGAAAGUUAUAAGUGGCAAAAUGAUAUUCUAAAGAUGUGCAGUUUUUUCCAAAACUGGGAGACUUUAAUAUUGAAUCCUACAGAUUUAAUGAAUUCGAUCUUGACAAAACAAGAACAGAACGACGAAAUGGGGAUUGAAAACAGUUUACUUUUGAAUUCUAUCUGUAAUCACCUUGACACGAAAGAUAAUAACAUGACCUCGACGUUAGCCCAAUAUCAAGAAAUUAUAAAUAAAAAAACGACCAAAAAUGAAAUUAAAAUGUUUGCUUUAUUAAAUUCUUAUGCGAUUUUAACUUCAUUAGUAAGUAAAAAUAUAUCCGUUCAAGAGAAUAUUGAACGUUCGAAUUUAAUAACUGAAAAGAUGGAAAAUUUGUUUGCCCAAACUGAUUUAAAAUUCAAUCCAAUAUGGCAUUGUACAUUAACCAUAUUAUGGAUCAUGUGUCAUCUUGAACCAUUUACUGGAACUCCUCUUCCUUCCACAGAGGAACAGCGUAACGCAUAUCUAACAAUUUUAAAACAAUAUUAUAAUUCAAAUAAAAUUAUCCCGAAUAAUAGUGAUAAUAAUGAUGAGACGUUGGAAAAUCCAAAUCGAACACAGUUUAAAUUGAAGAAGAGUUUACUAUUACAAAUAUUAUUAAAUUAUAUCGGAGGUAGAUUGUUUGAAACAGAUUUACAAACAAUUUGUUCAAUUUCAUCAACAUUGUUUCAUAUCUCCAAAAAACAACCUAUGGCUUCCAUUAGAUAUGUAAUGGGAUUGUGGCAUUUGAUGAAUAGUACAAUUGCCAUGAAUGCUAAAGAAGCGACUUUAACGAAAGCCAAAUUAGAAAAUAUUGUUGCUAAAUUACAGAAAAAUUCAUAA